GGAUGAGACCCUGACAGGAAUGGCGGGAUUUUCUGAGACGACUACAAAUUGUUACACAUUUACAAAAACAAGAAAUCAAGAUGACUAAAGUCAUUAAGUGCUUACGUACAGUGGACUUUCCAAUCUCCAGAACAAUCACACACUUCAGUGAGUAAGAACGUAGUAAAGUCAUUGAAUCUGCUUCAUUCAGUAACAGAUCCAUUUGAUGAAGAUGUCUUUGUCCAUAAAUGCUGUUGAUCUGCCAGCAGGGACAAAACACCCAAGAGAACCAGACACGCUCAUAUAAACCUGACUUCAAUGUUAAGAAUUCCCUCUGUGAUGUUUUUCUACACGUCCAUCUGCUGACUGAGAAGAUCCGCUUCCACCUGAGCCGAGCAUCUGCUUCACACUGAUCCUGAUCCUCUCGCAGUUUACAGGAUGAGAAAAACAUUCAGGGUCUCUGGACAUUUAUACAUCUGGAUUUCAAUGUUGCAAUCUGAGUUAUGAGCAAGAAUCCACAAACUGUUGCAUCAUCAUCAUCGUCAUCAUUGUCAGCAAUCACACAAGGACUUUCAUAGACCCCUGUAAGAUUCUUUGGAGGUCCAUAUAAACCCCACGUCCAACUCGGCCUGCAGUCCACAAGCAGGAGAGGUUUUCAGGUUACAGUAGCGCGAACAUGAGAGGAUCAUCGUAUUCCCAGAAGACCCUGACCGUCAGCGGAGCCAGCAGGAUGAGGGUCCAGAGCCCGUCACCCUCCCGAUGCCGCGGAUCUUCGUACAGCCGCGGUCGGGCCGGGUUCCAGGGUCAGGCGGUGGAAGUCGGUACAGAGAUCCAUCAGCACCAUGCCAAUGAGAAAGAGGAGAUGCAGGAGCUGAACGUGCGCUUCGCCGGCUACAUCGAGAAGGUCCAGGCGCUCGAACAGAGAAACGCCGCCCUGAAAGCCGAGCUGGAAAGCCUGCAGGGUCGCUUUAAGGGAGGUCCCGCCGGACUCGGGGAGGAAUACGAACUGAAGUUUAAAGAGAUGAGAGACCUCAUCGAAGCUCUAACUGCAGAAAAAGGUGCGGCCGAUAUCGAGAGAGGUUACAUCGAGGAGGAGGUGGAGGUCUGGAGACUGAAGCUGGAGGAAGAGUUGGCCCUAAAAGAGGAGGCUGAAAUCAUCCUGCGAGAGUUCCGUCAGGACGUCGACAACGCCACGCUACAGAAGGCCGACCUGGAGAAACGCAUCGAGCAGCUCGUGGCAGAGAUCGAGUUCCUGAAAAAGCUCCACGACGAGGAGGUCGCCGAUCUCCUCAAGCAGAUCGAGGAGUCCAAGGUAACGGUGGAGCUGGACUCGGACAGACCCGACCUGGCGGCGUACCUGCGCAACGUGCGCGCCGAGAUCGAGGCCGUGGCCGCCCGCAACGUCCAAGAAGCCGAGAAGUGGUACAAGAGCAAGUUCGACACCCUGAAGGAGCAAGCCAGCAAACACGAGGGCCACAUGAAGACCAUGAAGGAGGAGAUCACCACCUUCCACAAUCAGGUGUCAGACCUGCAGAACCAGAUAGACGGUCUGAGAGCGAGGAACGGCGCUCUGGAGCAGCAGCUGGAGGACAUGGAGGAGGCGCACCUGGAAAAGGUGUCGGGUCUGGAGGGAAUCAUCGCCCAGCUGGAGAGCCAACUGUGCGAGACCAGGGUGGAAAUGGGAAAAUACACAGCCGACUAUCAGGAGCUACUUCAUAUCAAGCUGAAGCUGGACGCCGAGAUCGCCACUUACAGAAAACUGCUGGAAGGUGAAGAGCAGCGACUGGGAAUCUCAGCUGAAGAAGUGGGAACCACGUCUGUGUCUCAUACCGUAGAGACCCACAAAGCUCUUCAAAGUUCUGCCUGAGAAUCUGAAGACUCGUCACGCUACGCUACGGUUAACUGGCCAACUGGAAGAAAACUCUCACAAUGUAAUGCAAAGAGAAAUGUUGCCAAGUACUAAAUAAAGCUUGAUAUCAGCCCA